AUGAAGAUAAAUUGCAAGAUUGGAUUCAUGAGCUUCCUAAUGAUUGCUUCAGUACUCAUCAUAUUUCUCGUGGUUCCAGAAAAAGUUGAAGCCGAGCCACAAUGCAUUGGACUGUGUGGAAUGAUUUUUGACUGUCCGACUGCUUGCAUCAGGAUGGGAUACCAAUCUGGCCAAUGCGUUGGCUGGGAAAAUCCGGAUCAAUGCUGUUGUGACCAUUAAAUGUUUCAUAUCUGAAUGCACUGAUAAUCAUCUAUAACAAUUAAUAAAUUUCUGCUAUUAGAAUAUAUAUCUAUAAGCGACUGAGUUGUUGGCAUUUGACAAAUUUGAUUUUUUUUAAUGGAAACCAACAUCAUUUAAAUAUUAUCAUAUACUACUUUAAUUUGAUAUUUAAAACCAAAGUUAAGUUGGCUUCAUGCAUUCUCCAUG